UUAGGGAAAUCCACAAAUCCUGACGAGAAUAGAAUAGAAACCAUUUAAUGUUCACUUUGUUUUUGGUAUGAAAAUGGUACUUGAGUAAAUUUCAUAAUUUAAGCAAAUUUCUUAAUGAAAAAGCCUAAUAAUUCCUCCUGGUCUCUGGCAAAUUUGUUUUCCCAAUAGACAAGAAUUUAAGUAAAUGAAGCCAGAACUGAUAAUAGACAGUAAUAAUAUUACUAGUUUUUUAACUAUUAACAGUUCUUACUUCAUUCAUUCAAAUUCUGCUACCGCCAUCUAUGAAUUAAGUAUGAAUAUAAGUUAACAUUUCAAAGCAUAUAACUUGCACUUAUCUACUCGACGCUAGAUGUCACAUAAGUCGCUAAAUGUUUUAUGAAAUUAAAAGUAAUCUAUUAGGCACUAGAUGUCGCUGAUGAGAAGAUGCAAAUUUAGCUCUAGCCCAUGGCUAUUAAAAAGAAAUAAAAACCUUUAUUACAUAGCCUUUUGAUUUGUUCCGAAUACUUAAUUGGAGGAAAAUGAGCCCUAAGAUGAGGCUAAUAAGGGCAAUAAUAUUUAAAGUAAUCUAAGUUUGUAGUAUUAAAGUUUUGCGAAAGUUCAUGCAAGAGUUUUGUUAAUAAGUAUAACUGAAAAUAUGAGUAUUUACCAUUGGAAACUUGGAGACAUAGCUCUCGCAAGAAUGUGUAAUAAAGUUUACGCCAAAGUUCAAGUUGUGAAAGAUGAUAAAGGAUUGUUUUUCGACGACAAAGGUUGGUCUCUUCAGCCUAUGAAAUUACGUAUUUCACGAAUAUUUACCUAACUAAAAAAAAUAUUUUUGAAUUGUUUAUUAGUUCAUGAUGUUUGUUUAUUUCACUACCAUCAAAUUGUCAAAAAAAAAUUUUGUCCAAAGUUCUAGGGAUAUCUGCUAAUGAAGACGGCAGUAUUACAGCAACAGAAGAAUUAUGUUAUUACGUCGAAAUAAGUCGUCGCAAAGAGAGAAUGUGGUUGCCUUACACAAGUCUUCAUUUGGCCGAGCGUUCCAGACCUUUUUAUGGCAAACAAAGUGUAGAGAAAGUGCAAGUUCUGAAGUCUGUAGAAAAUAAAUCACCUAAGAAGAGAAAGCUCAAAGAAGACUACAUUGUGCCAUUAAAUGUGAAACUGUCAAAACUGAAGGAGCCAGACCUUAAUACAACAUAUGAUAUGCGUCAUAUGCCCUUAAAGCAAAGCAAAUAUGAGAAUGCUUUUAAAGAGUUUGUACGACGAGGCAAGGAAAUGCUAUUUGAUAACUAUUUCUUCUGCUUACAAACCUGUAAAGAUAGGGACGAAGACUGCAUUGACUACUUGCUAAACGUAGAUGCUAGUACAGAGGACAAGUUUGAAAUGGUUUUCAAAAAUGUAGCAACAGAAAAAGAAGUGGAGAAUUAUCUCCGGCAAUGUUGGAGAUACAAUUUUGUCAAUAAGCAGUCGAACACUUCUGCAGACAGUUCGGUAUGUUUAUAAUAUUUGUAAUAAAAACUUCUUACAUAUUAUAAUCAACUAGCUUUUGCCCGCGACUUCGUCCACGUGGUAAAGUUACUUUGAGCAGCAU